GCCUUUUCAGUCACACAGAGAUGGAAGGAUUCAGGAGCAGGUGCAGGGACACAUGAGGUCAAGGGCAUGCGAGGGAGAUGACAUUUUAGCACUUAAAUUUACACUUCAAAUAUUGCUUUUGGAUUGAGAGACUCCAAAAUGGCAACUUUGAGGCAAUACGCACUUUGUUUUUAUGUUUUUUGCAUGCUUGUGAUGGUAUGCCAGGCAAACACGGCUGUCCAAGAAACCACAGAGGCAAACAGUGAGACUGACACUGGGAAUGCGACACAUGAAGAAACUGCAGGAGGGGAACACGGGGCACCGAUCACCACCUUACCCAUCGUCAGCUGGAAGUGGCACCAUGUGGAGGUCCCCUACUUAGUUGCUCUUUGGGUCCUGGUCUGCUGGCUCUGCAAACUGGUGAUUGAGGCUAACCACCAUGUCACCGCCUACAUCCCGGAGAGUGCCCUGCUCAUCUGUUCUGGGUUCAUUUUGGGCGGCAUCAUCUGGGGCGCAGACAAAGUUCAAACCUUCAGUCUCACCCCCACGGUCUUCUUCUUCUACCUUCUGCCCCAAAUCAUCCUGGACGCGGGGUACUUCAUGCCCAAUAAGCUGUUCUUCAGUAACCUGGGAGGCAUCCUGAUCCACGCCAUCAUUGGAACAUGCUGGAACGCUGCCACUGUGGGUGUGUCGCUCUGGGGAUGCCACAUGGGAGGGGCCAUGGGUGACAUAGACAUUGGCCUGCUUCAGUACCUGCUGUUUGGGAGUCUCCUCUCUGCUGUGGACCCUGUGGCUGUGAUUGCAGUGUUUGAGGAGGUCCACGUGAAUGAAGUCCUAUUUAUCAUGGUGUUUGGAGAGUCUCUGCUGAACGAUGGAGUCACUGUGGUGCUGUUCAAUGUUUUUGAUGCUUUUGUGUCUCUGGGAGGAGCUGAGAUCGACGCUGUGGAGAUCAUCAAAGGAAUUAUUUCCUUCUUCGUUGUGGCGUUUGGAGGGGCGCUGGUCGGGGUGAUCUUCGGGAUAAUGUUGUCUCUUUUGACACGUUGCACCAAAAAUAUUCAGAUCAUUGAACCUGGGUUUGUGUUCGUCCUGGGAUACCUCUCCUACCUCACGGCGGAGAUGCUCUCACUGUCUGCCAUUCUCUCGAUUACGUUCUGUGGUGUGUGCUGUCAGAAGUACAUAAAUGCAAACAUGGAUGAGAAAUCGGUUACGACAGUGCGCUACGUCAUGAAGGUUUUCGCUAAUGGCUCAGAGACCAUGAUCUUUGUGUUCCUCGGAAUCUCGGCCAUCGACAAAACCAUCUGGGUCUACACCGGCUUCAUCCUCCUCACAUUGCUGUUUGUGCUCGUCUACAGAGUCAUCGGUGUGUUUUUCCUGACCUGGAUUCAGAACAUGUUCAGGCUGGUGCCGUUGGACUUCACAGACCGGGUCAUCAUGAGCUACGGUGGCCUGCGGGGGGCAGUAGCGUACGGACUGGCUGUGUUGCUGGACGAGAACAAAAUCAAGGAGAGGCCCCUGAUGAUCGGGACCACCCUGAUCGUGGUGUACUUCACUGUCGUCUUACAGGGAAUAACCAUGAAACCUCUGGUCACGUGGCUAAAAGUAAAAAGAGCUGCUGUUACUGAACUCACUCUCGUUGAAAAAGUUCAGAACAAGGUGUUUGAUCACGCGCUGGUGGCAGUUGAAGACAUCUCAGGUCAAAAGGGACAUAACUACAUGAGAGACAAGUGGAACAACUUUGAGUCCAAAUGGCUUUCCUGGAUUCUGAUGAAGCCUUCAGCGAGAAAGAAGCACGAUUAUGUGUUCAACGUUUUCCACAAACUCAACAUGAAAGAUGCUCUGGACUAUGUAGCCGAGGGUGAAUGUAAUGGCACUCUGGAGUUUGUUCGUAAUGAAACUGCCUACAUCGACUUCAAGAAGAAGUUUGGGGACGACUUUUCAGACAUCUCAAUGCCUGACAUCACAAUCGACAUGGGAGAUACAACUAUCACUAAUCCAUAUGCAAGACGGGACACUGUGCCUUCUAUUAGUAUGGAGAUGCACGAACAGACGAUGAACGGACUGAGAGAGUCUGAGGACAUGAACACGCACCACCUCCUGCAGCAGCAUCUGUACAAGGGACAGAAACAGCAUCGUCAUCGAUACAGCCGCAGCCACUUUGACGUGAACCAGGACGAGAAUGAGGUUCAGGAGAUUUUCCAGAGAACCAUGAGAAACCGCCUGGAGUCUUUCAAAUCGGCCAAAAUGGGAGUCAUGCCCCCGAAGACCAUCACAAAGCACGUCAAGAAAGACGCCCAACAGAAGAUGCCCAAUGGUAAAUCCAAAAGUGAUGAAGAGGGGAACAGUGCUUCGGGAUACACAACGUCUAUUCCCAGAGUGACCUACAGACCUGGAGCUGGCAUAGAGAAUCCGGCCUUCUUGCCCGACCUGGACCCCAUGGCACCGACGCAGAUCCCGCCGUGGUUGGCCGAGGGGGAGGAGGACAUUGCUACAGUCUCCCCGUCACAGAGAGCCCAGGCGGAGCUGCCCUACACCCCCAGUAACCUGCGCCGCCUGGCCCCCCUCCGAAUCAGCACCCGCUCCACAGACUCCUUCGUCUUAGCGGACCACCCACCAACCUCCUCUUCAUGGGACAAAGAUAACAUCCCACCUCCUCCCUCUCCUCCUCCCUAUUAG